AUGGGGGACGAGGGGGGGUGCCCCCCGGGGGGCAGCCAUGCGGGGCAGCACGGUUCGCAGCAGGGCUCGCAGCGAGACGAUUCGCAUCAAGACGGUUCGCAUCAGGACGACUCGCAGCAGGACUGGCGGUAUAACCCGCCGCAAGACUCGCCGCUAACCGCGCCGCAAGACUCGCAAGACUCGCAGGACGAGCGGAAGCUGAAGUUCCUGAUCGAGGGGAAAAUGGUGGAGACGAAGAACGCAGUGGACUUCAUAAAGCCGCUGAAGGACGACAUCAAGGCGCUGGACUUCCUGCUCUUCGACAUGCUGAAGGAUAACCUGCCGAACAAGCUGUUCGAGACCCUGUGCGCCAUCCACGAUUUGUCCGAGAGGUACAGCGAAAACCAAACGGAAGAAAACUUUAAGGCCUUAAAAAAUUCCAUUUACAAUUUGGAGGACCACUACCUAGGCACCAUAGUGAAUGCCUUUGGCCACAUGUGCGUCUUGUCAAAUUUUGCAGAGUGGGCUCACAGAGGGAGGAGGAGAAAAGCCUUCGACAUGUCCUUCACGCCGAACGAAAGGAUAUAUGGGUCCGUGUACGAGACGCUAAAGGGGACCUUCCACAUGUUAAUUAAGAGCGGUUUUGACAUUCACCAAAUUUAUGAGCAGCUGUGCAACCAAACGAUAGACUUCGUCUUGACAACCCAUCCGACGCAAGCCAUCCGGACGUCCCUCCUGAAGAACUACAUCCAGCUAGCCGAAUUGUUACUUAAGCUAGACAGCACAGAUAAGGAGUUAUAUAAAAAAAAACUUCUAUAUGAUAAUUUGAAGACUUAUUUGUUAGCCGCUUGGAAAACAGAUGUCAUCAGAAGGAUCAAACCGACCCCCAUCGAUGAAGCCAUUUCGCUAGUCGAUAUCGUGGAGAACUGCAUCUUCUAUAGAAUCCCUAACAUCAUACGGUAUAUAGAUAACGUCUUUUACGGGUAUAAUUUACCUCCAGUCAAAUUGGAUUCUAAAAUAUGCCUCUUCUCCUCAUGGGCAGGAGGGGAUAGAGAUGGAAAUCCGUUUGUCCUACCGGAGACUACCCGGUAUGUGUGCUAUAUGAACAAAAUCAGGGGGUGCGAAUUAUUCAUCCCCAUGGUAGAAAAACUAAUUAGAGAUUUAACCCUUCAUCAUUGCACACAACAUUUUAAAACGUAUGUGAAGCUACUAGAAGAUGAAGUCUCUCAAUACAUUUUUGAUCCAGAUAGGAAGUACCUGGCGCAGAAGUUCCACUGGUUUUCUCCCUUCUCCAAAUCUAAUAAGAGCGAAAUUUAUAGGAGAGCUCUUCUGGUCGUUUGGGCUAAACUGAAGAGUGUUAUACAGGUGUAUAAGUCCCUCAUUUCAAAUCAACCUGUAGAUCCCCAUUUUGAAAAAUUAAUGUUUAAUAGCUCAGAUGAGUUUGAGGAAAUCCUCAUGGAGUGCUACAAAAGUUUGUGUGACUCUGGAAAUACCCUCAUUGCUGAGGGGUACCUAAAGGAUGUCAUUCGAAAUGUUAAAAUUUUUGGUCUACAUCUGAUGAAGCUAGACAUUCGGCAAGAAUCGGUGAAGCACAUUCAGGCGAUGGACUACAUCUGUGAGAAGCUACACAUUGGAAGGUACUCCCUUCUCUCGGAGGAAGAAAGAAUAGACUUCCUUACAGAGGUCCUCCAAUCCAAUAGACCAUUAAUACCGAACAAUAUAGAGCAGGAGGAAGAUGUGCCUAGUGACUUCCUAAACGUGAUAAACACCUUUGACGUUUGUUCGCAAAUUGAGGAGAGUGCACUAGGGGCUUAUGUCGUUUCCAUGUGUAAUAACGCUUCGGACAUCCUACUAGUGGAGGUGUUUCAAAAGGAACUGAAGAAAAACGCUCAGAGGAAAACACAAAGAGUUGUUCCCCUCUUGGAAACCAUUCAGUCUCUCCAAAUGUCCUGCACCAUUUUAGAAAACCUAAUUAAGAACCCAUGGUAUAGAACCCAUUUGAGAACCCAUUUUGACAACAAGCAAGAAAUUAUGAUUGGCUAUUCAGAUUCGGGGAAAGAUGGAGGUAGAUUCACAUCUGCUUGGGAAUUAUUCAAAGCACAGGAGAAGCUCGUGCACAUAGGUAAGCAGUAUUCUGUGGAGGUCCGUUUCUUUCAUGGAAGAGGAGGUAGUGUCAGUAGAGGGGGAGGGCCACAACAUCUAGCCAUUCUUUCCCAACCAAUCAAUACUAUAAAAAACUACCUUAGAGUAACCAUCCAGGGUGAGGUCAUCACGCAGGACUUCUGCCUAAAGGGUAUGAUGCUGCGCUCGAUAGAGACCUACAUCAGUGCACUCCUCAAAUGCUCCCUCCUCAAAAACAAAGUUUUGGUCAAGGACGAAUGGAGAGAGCUCAUGGAUGAGAUGAGCCAACUCACCACAAAAGAGUACAGACACGUGGUGUAUGAAAAUGAUGAUUUUGUAAAAUAUUUUAGAUGCGCAACCCCCCAGAUAGAAAUAGGCAAGCUCAAUUUGGGAUCAAGACCAUCAAAGAGGAAGCAAGGCAAUGUAGAAUCGUUGAGAGCAAUCCCCUGGGUCUUCUCCUGGACACAGAAUCGAAUGCACCUACCUGUGUGGCUUGGCAUAGAAAAAUUGCACGACUACCUCGUCGAAAGGGAUAAAUUGCCUCUCUUGCAGGAUAUGUAUAGGAAUUGGCCCUUCUGCACCAGCUUCUUCAAUUUGAUUAGUAUGGUCAUGGCCAAGGCGAGCCUGCAGAUAGCCGAGGAGUAUGACGUUUUGGUGCCCGAGGAGCUCAAGUACAUUGGCACCAUGCUCAGGCAGAAGCUGAAGAAGGCCAUGGAGCUCACCGCCCUCGUGACCAACGAGAAGACCUUCUGCGACAACGACUUGCUGACGAAGCGGUCCAUCGAGAGCAGGACCAAGUGGGUGGCCGUCUGCAACUUGAUUCAGAUUCAGGCGCUCAAGCGCCUGCGGGAGAGGCAGCGCGAGUGGGAGCUGGCACAGGAGGGGCGGUUAGCGCAGGAGGGGGGGUUAGCGCAGGAGGGGGGGUUAGCAGCGGAGGGGGGGUUAGCGCAGGAGGGGGGGUUAGCAGCGGAGGGGGGGCACCCAACCUGUGAAGACCACAAAUUAAGCGUUUCCUCCGCGAAGGAUGAGCUGGAAAGCCAGUAUGGAGGCCCCAUCAGCCGGAAGAGCAGCAAGCGCAUUCACUCGUACCUGAGCAGGAAAAAAAGCAAAUUAAUUAAAAACCCAAAGUUCCAUCCCCUGCUCGAAUCCUACUCCUCCGCCUACCUACAGAGUGAAGGAGAAAAUGACUUUUUUUUUGAGGAUCUACGGGACAUGGGUCUGUCCUAUGGGAGGUCCGCCUCCAAAGCCAACGACUGCACGUACGACGAGGUGACGAAGACCUACAUUGAUUACACCUCCCUGAAUGAUGCCCUCAUCGUCUCCAUCAAGGCGAUAGCCGCGGGCAUGCAGAACACGGGCUAG